UCAUUUAUAACUUUUAUAAUAAUUUAUGAUUAUGUCUUGUUCAAGAUUAUUACUUCUUCCAACUGUAAGAGACAUUGUGAAACUUUAUCGUUUAUCCGCUGCAAAGCAGUUAUCACAAAAUUUUUUACUGAAUGAAAAAAUCACCGAUAGAAUAGUAAAAUUUGCCGGUAAUAUUAAUAAGUCGGAUGUCUUAGAGAUUGGCCCUGGUCCUGGUGCUUUAACAAGAUCUAUUAUUAAAAAAUGUCCAAAAAAACUUGUACUCGUUGAAAAAGAUGAAAGAUUUAAACCAAUGUUAGAAAUGCUUCGAGACUCUUCUUACACCACACAGAGUGACAUGAAAAUUAUCAUCGAUGACAUUAUGAACAUAAACAUGACAGAAUUGUUUACUGAUGUACAUAGAAAAGCGUGGCAUGAUGAAGCUCCAAAUAUACAUCUUAUAGGAAAUUUACCAUUUAAUAUAUCCACUGCUUUAAUAAUUAAAUGGUUACAAAAUAUUUCAGAAAAAAAAAGUGCAUGGUCCUUUGGAAGAGUGCAAAUGACAUUAACUUUUCAAAAAGAAGUAGCUGAACGAUUAGUUGCAAAAGUUUCUGAUAAAAACAGGUGCAGAUUAUCAACUAUUGCUCAAACGUGGACUUCUCCUAAACUGCAGUUUAUUAUACCUGGAAGAGAAUUUGUACCUAUACCAAAUGUUGAUGUUGGUGUAGUUUCAUUUAUCCCUUUACGGAAACCAAAAACGCAUCAUACGUUCAAAGUUUUUGAAAAAGUUAACAGACAUCUGUUUAGCUUCCGUCAAAAACAUGGAAUCAAAUGCGCUAGGACCAUGUUUCCACCAGAUUUACAAGAUGAGCUUUCCACUUUAAUGUACACAUUGGCUGAUGUAGAUAUAAAAACCCAAGCUUACAAUUUAUCUAUUGAAAAUAUUAGUAGACUAACCAGUGCUUACAUAUACCUUUGUCAAAAAUAUCCUGAAAUCGAAAAUUAUAACUACAGAGUGUCUCGACAAGUGUUAAGCAAGAAUUUGACAAAGUCACUUAAAAUAGAAAGUUACUGAGAAUGUAAUAGUCAUAAAUAAUAGAAUUUCACAAUCUAAUGACCUUUAUACUACUAACUGUAUGCAUUUGAAAAUGAAAUUAAAGUUAUUAAUUAACUAUGAA